AUGUCAGCCAUUGACAGGAUAUUGGAAUCAUGCUCAAGUAAGCAAUGGAUCACGGAGCCCGCCAUUGUCCAUACAAUACAAUCUAAAAAAUCAUUCAGCCCAAGGGACGUGACAAUGAUUGCACAGUUCUCCAUCAGCCGUCUUGACCGCUUUGAACGGGCUAGAGCAGUUUGGGAAGGACCUAUCUCUGUUGUCAUCUUCCUAGCGUCCAAUGUGGACAUUUUUGAACUUCAAAAGUAUUUCGAGCGGCCUGGCAAGUUGGCAUUAUACGAAUCAAUUACAUUAACGAUCGUCAAGCCUAAUUUCUCGCUUGAAACACACAAACGAUAUCCAAUCAAUCAUCUCAGAAACAUCGGUAUUCAAGCUGCCAACACUGACUAUAUCUAUGUGAUUGACGCGGAUUUCGUGCCCUCAUCAAAGCUAUACGACUUUGCGCGUACAACUAUUAUCCGACUCCUGGAAUCAGCCCAAUAUCCGACGGCAUAUGUAGUUCCAUGCCUUGCAAUUAAGGAGGAAUUCAAUGGCAAAUAUCCAGACACAAUUAAGGAGCUUCAGCCUUUAAUGAAGUCUGGCAUGGCAUAUAUCACUGAUCCCAGAGCAGGCCAUGGACCUACUUUCACUUCGAUCUUCAUGAAUCCGCCAAUUUUCGGGAGUUCACCGGCGUAUGAAGUCUGCUACGAGUCUCAAUGGGAACCUUACUAUAUUGUUCGUCGAGAAGCGCCUCAUCCUUACUAUGAUGAGCGAUUCAAAAAUCAGGGCGCAGAUAAGCAAAGCCACGCGCUUUUAAUGAACGCCAUUGGCUUCAAGUUCAUGGUCCUCCGUGACCAUUUCAUGUAUCAUAUGGACCAUGCAAAGCUCGUUUGGACAGGAGAUGGGCUGGACAAGCAUUUUCAGAAGGAUUUCACCUAUUUUAAAGAUUAUUCGCCUGCUUUGAGACGUAUUUUUGGAACCAAUUAUCGGUGGCCAAAAGGGUGCUCGCAGCCAUUGGUUCAGUCUUUCAAGCGCGAUCUUCAAGGAAUAGGAACCAUGUAA